CCAGUGAGCGACCUUCAAGAAGAGGGUAAAAAUGCCAUCAAUGCGCCGAUGAACCCAAGCACCGUGGACAUUCAUCCCGAAGAUACACUGCUAGAGGAGAAUGAGGAACGCACCAUGAUUGAUCCUAACUCAAAAGAAGACCCCAAGUUCAAAGAAUUGAUCAAGGUUCUAAUUGAUUGGAUAAACGAUGUGCUGGUGGAGGAGAGAAUCAUUGUUAAACAGCUUGAAGAAGACCUUUAUGAUGGGCAAGUGCUGCAGAAGCUGCUUGAAAAAUUGGCUGACCGUAAGCUGAACGUGGCAGAAGUGACGCAGUCUGAGAUUGGGCAGAAGCAAAAGCUGCAGACGGUGCUGGAAGCUGUUCAUGACUUGCUGCGGCCCCACGGCUGGACAAUCAAGUGGAACGUUGACUCAAUCCAUGGCAAGAAUCUCAUUUCCAUUCUUCACCUUCUGGUGGCUUUGGCAAUGCAUUUCCGCGCUCCCAUUCGGCUGCCUGAACACGUGUCUGUACAAGUGGUGGUUGUGCGGAAACGUGAAGGUCUUCUUCAGACUACCCAUGUUACAGAGGAGCUCACCACGACGACGGAGAUGAUGAUGGGAAGAUUUGAGAGAGAUGCCUUCGACACACUCUUUGAUCAUGCACCAGAUAAACUCAGCGUGGUCAAGAAGUCUCUGAUCACUUUUGUGAACAAACACUUGAACAAACUGAAUUUGGAAGUAACCGAGUUAGAAACCCAGUUUGCAGAUGGUGUUUACUUGGUAUUGCUCAUGGGUCUCCUUGAAGACUACUUCGUUCCACUUCACAACUUCUACUUAACACCUGAAAGUUUUGAUCAGAAGGUCCAUAAUGUUUCCUUUGCUUUUGAGCUGAUGCAAGAUGGAGGACUCAAGAAACCAAAAGCUCGCCCUGAAGAUGUUGUCAACCUGGAUCUGAAGUCUACCCUCAGGGUUCUGUACAACCUCUUCACGAAGUACAAGAACAUUGAGUGAUCCUGAAAGCUGCUGAGGUGUUCGUCCUUCCAACCUCCUUAGGAAAAAAUACAAUAAAAACACCUGCACGCUCUCUUUGUGCCUUAUGCAUUCUUCAUGCAUUCUUUCUAUACUUGAUGUAAUCUCUCCUUAGCUCCUUGUAUGACACCCUACUAAAAAUAAU